UCUUCCACUCCACUUGAAACUCACUCACUUCCACGUGUCCUUCAUCACAUUUCUAAUUUCACCCAAAUUUCAUUUUCAUCUUCCUUGAAAAAAUCGAAAUCUAAUUCACUCCAAAUCCAAAAAAUCAAACCCUAAAAUCCCAUCCCAGCUCAGAUCUCUGCUCCUCUGUAGAAGAAUCUCAAAUCUCAAUCAUGGAAGUUGAAGAAGAUGAAAUUGAAUCUCAUCAUCCUUCGCAAUCCCCAUCCCAAUCUCUAACCUCUUCACCAUCACCACCACCUUCUCCAACCACUAAUCACCCCCAAGCAUCACCACCACCACAACAACCAGAACCAGAACCAGAACCACCACUAUCACAAUCUCCAUCACCAAUUUCGUCAAUCCAACCUCAAUCUCACCAACAAAAACAAGAACAGACAGAUUCACCACCACCAACAACACCACCACCACCACCACAAACCCUAACCCUAGCUUUACCAAUCCAACAACCUCCUCUCUCCACCGCCACAAACACUCCUCCCCCUCCUGCUGCUGCUGCUGCUCAACACCACAGUCACGGCCGUGAAGAUUGCUGGAGCGAAGGAGCAACAUCGACGUUAAUCGAUGCGUGGGGAGAGCGGUAUCUGGAACUGAGCAGAGGUAAUUUGAAACAGAAACACUGGAAAGAUGUAGCUGAGAUUGUUACCAGCCGUGAUGAUUAUACUAAGUCUUCUAAAACUGAUGUUCAGUGUAAGAAUCGAAUCGAUACGUUGAAGAAAAAGUAUAAGAUUGAGAAGAAUAAGAUUUCGGAUACUGGGUUUAGUAGUAAAUGGUGUUUUUAUGAGAGGUUAGAUCAUUUGAUUGGACCUAAUUCUGCUGCUGCUGCUAAUAAUAAUAGUAAUAGUACUAGUAAUAAGCAUGUUAAUACGCCUGUACCGAGUAAUACUACUCCUGCGCCGAUACAGUUUCAUAACCUUAGUGGGAGUGGGAGUGGGAGUGGGAGUGGUGGUGGAGGAGGAGGGACUGGGAAAGUUCCGCUUGCCGUACCCGUUCAUUUAGUUAGAUAUGAUCAUCCCAGUCUCAAUUUGAACUUGAAUCAUCAGCAGCAACAUCAACAGCAGCAGCAGCAUUAUCAACAGCAACAGCAGCAGAGGCGUAAGAAUGCUGGAUAUGCGGUUGAAACGGAUUCGUCUGGUGAAGAGCCUGUUUAUGAUGAUGAAUCGCCUAAUUCUACUGAUAGUUUGCCACCUGAGACGGAUUAUGUUCGUAAGAGGCCGAGGCUGUUUGCAAGAAGAGCUUGUCCGACGCCUUCAACAAAUUCAAUGCCAGUUAGGGGUGGUGGUGGGUCGUUUAGAGGGGAGAAGAAUCGUAGUUCUGGAAAGAAAAGGGGUAGUAGUAGUGGUGGUGGUGGGGAAAGUGGUAACUGGAAGAAUUCGAUAAUGGAGUUAACUAGAGCAAUUGUGAAAUUCGGUGAAGCGUAUGAGCAGAUUGAAACUUCGAAGCUGCAACAAGUACUUGAAAUGGAGCAGCAAAGGAUGGAGUUUAUGAAAGAACUUGAACUGCAGAGAAUGCAGUUCUUUAUGAAAACUCAAGUGGAUCUUUCGCAGGUAAAGCAUGGGAGACGUGGUGGUAAUAGCCGUCGUCAUAACAACAACAACAGCAACAACCACAACAAUAAUAUUGACAACGGUGAUAAUAGUGGUUAGUUUUUCGGGUUUGUAUCUUCGUCUAAUUAUUAGGUGAAAUACCUAAAUGGUAAUUUGUACUUCUACAACAAACUUAUCUGCUUCUUAGUUAUUAUCUAUGUAAUUCAUAUGUGGUUUAAUUGUCAUAAAUUUUUACAGCU